UUCCCUGCAAUUAAUGACUUUUUCCUUUUAGUGCUCAGAAAAAGACUCCGUUUUGCUUUCCUGAAAAUGGGGAGUCAAAUAAUCUAAAGGCUAAAGUAUCUAUUCAUGAGAACACUGCCCCUUGCAGUCUUUCUCAGGUCUUGCUCUCUAUGUUCAAUGUGUCAAAAGUUCACUGAUUUGUUUGUGGUUAGUCUGAAGUUAUAACUGCUUGUUUUUCUCUGUUUCUCUCUUCUGCAACUCGAGCUGCUUAUUGUGAACAUCAUACACUUCUUCAAUCCCAAAUUCAUUUUGUCAAAAUCAGUAUCAUUCUUCUUAGGUUGUGCAAGGUUAGAUGUUUACAGCUAGUCAUGGCGCCCUGCUUAUUAUUCUGCUCCAUGAAUACUGCUGUUCUGGUUUUGGGGAUGUUCAUGACCUGUUCUGCUGUCCUAGUCUAGUGCCCUCAAAUGUACACGUCUAGUUGUACAACUAUUAAGUAUUGAGAUAUAUAUCUUGAUCAUGAAUAAAUGUAUAGUUUAUAAAUGUUUCUUUUGAAAAUAUUUUUUAAAUUUGGAAGUUUGAUAAGCUCUUUAAGGAUACAAAUCAAACAUCAAAGUGAAAUUAAUUAACCCUCUAAUAAUAAUAGAAAAGCUAGAUUUUUUCAACUUUUACUUUGGCUGGAGAAAUAAGUUAAGUUUUCUUUUAUAUAAUAAAUCCUCCUACCAAUAUUUUUAAUGCUUCUUAUUAUCUACCUUUGGUCCUUUCUAACUGUUCAUCAGGCCAGACUUAAAGUCUCCCUAUAUCAGCUUGUUUUAUAAGAGGGAGGCGCAUAGAAAGAUAAAUUUAUUUCGGAUCGAAGCACAGAAAGACAUAAAAGGAGGUAAGCCAUGGCUUUGCAUGGAAAGCUUUUGCAACAAGUAGUGCUGCUACUGCUAAUUAUUGGGGUCGUAGUUUUAGCAGCAUCUCAACCCAAUAAACCGAGCUGCAACCGCACAUGCGGAUCUUUUGAUAUCCCCUACCCAUUUGGCACAGGCGAGGGCUGCUACCUUGAUCCAUCUUUUCUCAUUAUCUGUAACCACUCUUUCCAGCCCCCAAAACCAUUUCUGGGCGUUGAUAAUAUAGAUGUCCUCAACAUCUCUCUUGAUGAAGGUGAACUCCGAGUCUCAAACUUGGUAUUCCGUCUUUGCAAAUAUAAUAAUUAUCGGUAUCAAGAUGAUGGGCCAAGUCUCCGCCGGCACAUCUCUACCUUGCUCAACUUUUCGAGUUUUCGCAUCUCACCUGAGAAGAACAGUAUCUCUGCCGUCGGUUGCAGCUUUUUUGCCCACAUAAGUGGCUCGCAGGGACAACGAUCUAUGUUCAUGGCCGGAUGCGUAUCAUUCUGUGACUACGGUACCAUUUUGGUUAACGGCUCCUGCUCCGGCCUUGGCUGUUGCCAUUCUGCCAUCCCGAAAGGAGCAACGAACUAUAAUUUGAAUUUUGAGAGCAUUUCCAUUAAUGGAACCAUCAAUAACGAAUCAUGUGGUUUCGGUUUUAUAGGGGAAACACAGGCAUACAACUUUUCCACCUUAGAUUUUGAAAAUUUAACAAACAGGGCGACUGUACCCCUGGUGCUUGAUUGGGCAAUUGGAAAUAAGACGUGCAAAGAUGCUCGGAAAAAUAUGAGAAGCUAUUUAUGCAACGCAACGUAUAGUAAUUGUUCCGAAUCCAGCAACGGUCUUGGGUAUAUUUGCAAGUGCUCCCCAGGUUAUCAAGGGAACCCAUACCUUCCUGAUGGGCAUGAUGAUAGUUGCCAAGAUAUUGAUGAGUGCAAAGAUAGUCCGAAUCCCUGCCAUGCUACUGCAACAUGUACCAACACUGACGGGAGCUACAGAUGUACUACUCGUGGAAAACUCGGUCAAUCCAUGACCAUCAUUAUUGCCCUCGGUGUCAGCUUGAUAAGCCUCUUAAUCCUGGUUGUGGGAAGUUCAUGGGUAUAUUCAGUAAGGCAAAGAAAAAAGCAAAUAAAACUGAAACAGAAGUUCUUCCAACAAAAUGGUGGCCUAAUCUUACGACAACAACUCUUGAGUCACAAAGAAUCUGUUGAGCCAACCAAAAUCUUUAGUGUAGAAGAGCUUGAAAAGGCCACUAACAACUAUGAUAAAAGUAGAGUCCUUGGUCAUGGAGGCUUUGGAACUGUUUAUAAAGGAGUUUUAUCAUAUGACAAAGUGGUUGCCAUUAAGAAGUCCAAUGUUGUUGAUGAGAGCCAAAUAGAGCAACUUAUAAAUGAAGUGCUUGUGCUUACUAAAACUAACCAUAAGAAUGUAGUUAAGUUAAUAGGUUGUUGCCUUGAGACCGAAGUACCCUUACUAGUAUAUGAAUUCAUCACAAAUGGUACACUUUAUGACCAUAUUCAUGAUAAAAACCUAUCAUCCUCGCUCUCAUGGGAAAAGCGUCUGAAGAUAGCAUCAGAAACUGCAGGAGCCCUAGCAUACAUACAUUUUGAGACUUAUAUGUCAAUUAUACAUAGAGAUGUGAAAACUACAAAUAUACUUUUGGAUGAUAAACACACAACAAAAGUGUCUGACUUUGGAGCUUCAAGACUAGUUCCUCUUGACCACACACAAUUAACGACCGUGGUGUUGGGAACUUUGGGGUACCUGGACCCAGAAUACUUCCAUACUAGCCAAUUAACUGAAAAAAGUGAUGUCUAUAGUUUUGGUGUUGUCAUGGCAGAGCUACUAACAGGUGAGAAGGCAGUUUCCAUGUUUAGGCCUGAAAGUGAAAGAAAUCUUGCGAUGUAUUUUGAAAUUGCAAUGAAAGAGGAUCGCCUACUUCAAAUUAUUGAUGAUCGCAUUCUCAAUGAAGGUAAUUUUGAGGAAAUAAUGGAAGUUGCUAAUAUAGCAAAAAAUUGUUUAAAGGUAAAAGGGGAGGAUAGACCUAGUAUGAAGCAAGUAACAAUGGAGCUGGAGAGAUUAAGACUUUCGGAAAAACACUUGUUGAAAAAAGUUGAUUCCGACACACAACAGACUAAACACUUGCCAAAUGCACCUACACAUUCUUUGGGAAUUGAUGUUGACAUCGGCAGCUCUUCUAUCAGUACCACUGUUGCGGAUGACAGCAUGAGAAAUCAAGUAGUGGAACCAACAGAUAAUGAUGCUAGAUAAUUUGUUCAUCCUCAUCGAAGGCUAGCAUAGCCUAUCUCUUGUCGACAUUCAUCAUGAUCACCACUCAUCGAUAGGCAUCCACACUCAUUUUCUCCAGUUGUUUAUUUGCCCCUGACCACGGCCUACUAGUGCUACCUUACUCUCUCUUUCUGGCUCAGAACUCCCUUCUUUCCUCCAAUCCGACCUCUUCGCACCCCCUAGGUCUCUCUCGGUCUCCUUGUAUGCAUGUUUUAAGAUUGAAAGAAUGUGAUCAUCAUAGCUUUAUCAUGCAUGUUCAUGUACGACGUGGUUCAGUGCUGUGAUAUGUAUAUAUUUGAUAUUCUCUUUUGAGUGAUUUCAAUGUAACAUACGUGUUCUAUCUAUUGAUCCUUAAAGCUAUUCAUGUGAGUAUUUAAUGAAAUGAAGUAUUAGCCUUUUCACACUUUACAA